AUGCUGUCCUGCCGCCUCCAGUGCGCACUGGCCGCGCUCUGCAUCGUCCUGGCCUUGGGCGGUGUCACCGGCGCCCCCUCGGACCCCCGACUCCGUCAGUUUCUGCAGAAGUCUCUGGCAGCUGCCGCAGGAAAACAGGAACUGGCCAAGUACUUCUUGGCAGAGCUGCUGUCCGAGCCCAACCAGACAGAGAAUGAUGCCCUGGAGCCGGAGGAUUUGCCCCAGGCAGCGGAGCAGGAUGAAAUGAGGCUGGAGCUGCAGAGGUCUGCCAACUCGAACCCAGCCAUGGCACCCCGGGAACGCAAGGCGGGCUGCAAGAACUUCUUCUGGAAGACGUUCACAUCCUGUUAG